GCACACAAGCUAGCCUUGUGUAAAGGACACGAGCGAUAACAACAUAAUCCUGGUCCUUCCCCCCAUUGGGCAACUUCAUUCCUAUUCAUCCAUGGAGAACAUGCUCCACUUAGCGCCGUGCCAUGCAUCGGUCCCGGACUGCUUCGUCGUCCCGCCCGACCAGCUCCCGCCGGCCGCCUCCGCCGCCGUGUCCCUGCCCGUCGUCGACAUGUCCGGCAGCCGCGCCGAGGUCUGCCGAGCCAUUCUCGAUGCCGGCAGGGAGUUCGGCUUCUUCCAGGUGGUGAACCACGGAGUGCCCGAGCAGUUGCUGCGGGACAUGGAGGCGGUGUGCGACGAGUUCUACUACGAGCUGCCGGCGGCAGAGAAAGCGCACCUGUACUCGGAGGACAAGCAGAAGCCCAACCGGCUCUUCUCCGGCACCACCUACGAGACCGGCGGCCACAAGUACUGGAUGGACUGCCUCCGCCUUGCCUUCACCUUCCCCGUCGGCGACAGCACCAGCGAAUGGCCCCACAAGCCCCACAGGCUCAGGGAGGUUUUCGAGAAGUUCGCCGUGCUGACAAGAGGUGUGGGGAUGGAGCUGCUGCGGCUGCUGUGCGAGGCCUUAGGGCUCCGGCCGGACUACUUCGACGGCGACCUCAGCGGCGGCGACGUGAUCCUCAGUGUCAACCACUACCCGCCGUGCCCGAACCCAAGCGUGGCCCUCGGCCUGCCGCCGCACUGCGACCGGAACCUCAUCACCCUCCUCCACACGGGCCCCGUACAUGGCCUCGAGGUUGUCUACGACGGCGACUGGAUCAAGGUCGAGCCCGUGCCCGGCGCCUUCGUCGUCAACUUCGGCCUCCAACUCGAGGUUGUGACCAAUGGGAUGCUGAAGAGCGUGGAGCACCGUGUGAUGACCAAUGCGACGCUGGCACGGACGUCGAGGGCGAUCUUCAUACAGCCCAAGGAGGACUGUCUCGUCGGCCCCGCCGAGGAGUUCCUCAGUGAGGACAACCCCCCGUGCUACCGCACCGUCACGUUCGGCGACUUCAGGCGCAUGCACAGCGUCGUGAAGCUGGGGUCAUCAUCGCUCAAUCUCACCACCAAUCUCAAGGACAUCCAGAAGGGUAUGUAUCAGAUGAACUGAAGCGGAGCAAGAAUAAAUUUAUGAUUUUUUUUAUUUCCGGGCAGCCCAUCUGCCUUUCUUCCCAGAGGCAGCUAGCUCAUAUUACCAGCAGCUGCAUGUGGAGGUUGCGAUGGACGCCGGUUUGUUUGUCGAUCGCCGUGACCGGGUCAUGCUGAGCCAUGGUUUGUGGAUGCUCAUGCCACCUUGGUCUGCUCUAUUGUGUCACAUCGAUAGAUUUAGAGGAUGUUUGGAUGCAAGUACUAAUAUCCACACUAUCCACACUAGCUCCUCCAAAUACGAAUGCUAUUGUGGCGGGUUAAAAUUUAGCAUGAAUGAAGCAUGAGUGCUAAUACGUGCUAAAGUUUAGCAUCCAACUUUAGUUCAUCCAAACAGACUUUACAUAUUAUAAUCAUCGCUCCUUAUUUUUCGGAUUGAGGAAUAUAAAAUUUGUUGAGUCAUUAUUCUUUUACGGUAUGUUUUUCUGUCUGUUCCAUGUCAUCCGACAUCAUAUAUGUUACUUCCAUGACAGUGAUCAGUUCUCUGCUCCGGAAUGGAUGCAGUGAGCUGAUGGGUUGGGCUAUGCUGUAGCUGUAAUUUUAGCACACUUCCAACACAAUUUUAAACUCGAUCGGACAUGCUCAUGAGGAGCGAAUUCCAUGGGUAGCAGCAUGGGGCUGACAGCGGUGGCACAAACGCGACACGGUGUCGGCCAUACCAAUCACAUCACAAUUCAGAAGAGGAUGGAGAGCGACCACACCUGAGACGCGAUCCGUAUCUUCGUUGCAGGAUCACGUUGCUGCCAUGGAUGAUUGGAUUGGGCCUGACUCCGGUUGGGAUCCAUUAUUGGCUCGCCGCAGGCCGAAGCAUCGGCACGCUUCUUUGAGCCCUCCCUGCAACCUGACCAAGCCGAGGCCGAGGGGUCGUUUGGAUUCUCGGACUAAAUUUUAAUUUUCUCGUAUCGAAUGUUUGAACACUAGAAAUAUUAAAUAUAAGCUAAUUGCAUAAAUAAAGACUAACUCACGAGAUAAAUCCACUAAAUCUAAUUAGUCCAUGAUUUGGCAAUGUUGUGCUAUAGUAAAUAUGUGCUGAUGGUGGAUUAAUUAAGCUUAAUAGAUUCGUCUCGUGAAUUAGUCUCCGUUUAUACAAUUAGUUUUAUAGUUAGCUCAUAUUUAGUCCCCUAGUUGUCAUCCAAAUAUUACUAAAAAUUAGUACAUGCAUUUAAACAGCACUAGACAGCAGCAGGAAGAGGAUGAACAGGGAACAGAGUUGAACAAUUGGUGCAGGGAGCAUUUUUUUGAACAGCCUGCCACACAGUAUGCCUGAGGUGGAGAGACACACUGAUCGUGAAGUUGUUGUGCUGCCCUUGGGGCCCAAUAGAAAAAUUAGGCCCAUGGCAGCCCGCAGCGACAUCUAGAUCCAGUAGACUGAGAUACAAAUACAACCAUUUCAUCUCCUUUGCCAUCACCUCUGGAUCUCUGAUUGCAGUUGCAGCACAACAUUCCCAUUCAGAACCACAUAUUCAUACUAACUUGCAAGAUUCCAUCUUAUACCACCCACAAACCGAGGCACACAAAGUCAUCAAAAAGAAAAGGCAACAGACAAGCUAGACUUGAGAAAAAAAGCUCAAGGGAAAAACUCCAUCCACUGAUGAUUAAGAGCCUGAUCUUGAGGCUAAUAAUCCCUGUUCGUGUGUUCAGUUAUCUGUCUUUGUUUUCCCUGUCAUUCAGUUAAGUUCAGUUGGUUCAGCGUCUUUCAGGUUAGGAGUAGCUUUGUUCAUCCAGGGUGGUGCCUGCGCUUGACAUGUUGCUGCUGUAGUCCCAUGUCAGAGUGUUGAACCAACGAGUCUCGGAGAAGGAGAAGCGGUCGCCGAGCCGCGUCUCGGGGUUUUUCUGGAGCCCAGUUUUUUUAACAAAGGAUAAACCUGUCUCUAUACCCAUCUGGUGGAUAUAUAUAGCCAAGAGUUAUAAGAGUUCUUAAACUCUAAAUCUCAAAUGAGGAUAUCAAAAUAUAAGAACGAAAACUCUAAAAUAAAAAAAACUAGAGGACUAAAUUUCAAUUUUCUUUUUCGCUCCGUUUCAUUCUUGCAAAAUCUUUACGCCUCACCAAACAUCACAUAACUUAUCUUAGAAAUUUGAUAUCCGAAUCCUCUGAUGCCGCUGAAGUACCAAAGUCAGACCAAAAGACCUCUAAAACUAUGCUUCAAGAAGACAACAAUCUAGAAUUAGAUUUUCAUCUGGAGAUCCACCGGCAGUUGCAGGUGACACCAAACAAUCACAUCACCUGUCUUCUGGAGCCCAGUUAAUUAAAGCGGAGUGUUUUGUAGGCUUUUAUCGCUUUCUUUCUACGCGAAGCAUUGCCAACGCGAUUGCCAACGCGAUCCCAAACAGGUCCAAUUAGCUAUUUUUCAGCCUCCGAGUAACACAGAUGUUAAUUAGGUUAUUUUUUCUUCUACUAAUUAAAGCUUUUGUUGCCUUUUCAGACAAAAAACAUACUCUUUUUUCUUUGUGAGCAUGAUUCAUCACAGCUGGGAGCACAGAUGCUGGAUUAAUAACCCGGAGCGUUUAGUCACUGAUGCUUGGUUAUCCCAAGUAAGAGGGGGCAGCACUGCACAAAGAAGAGCCCGGUUGUGGUUCAACUGUUUCACCCAUCACCCAUCCGCCGUCUAUGCGAACCCCAUCUUUAUCUUAACUUCCAUUAUUCCACACUUGUCUUGAUCUUGCCUACCAACAAUACCCGUCGUGGUCAACCAAAGAAAGAAACACGAGCGGAUGGGCCUGUGACCGGGUUGGUAAGCAGGAACUCAGUAGCACCCUGGUCCAAGAGGAGUUCACAGGUUCGAUCCUCGGUGGAGAUGAAAUCUGGUGGGUUUCCAUUGGGCAUCAUCAGUAGUCAUCCAGCCCUGCUCCUCCUCCCCUGCGGUUGUUGAGCAACCGACCACCCUUCCUCUCUAUGCGCAGGUUCAGGUCAGCACUAGAAAGAGGCGUGUGCCGGUGCCGUCCUGGCCUGGCAAACCCCCACCGCGGCGUGCAAUCCGGCGGCGCCACUUGGCUCGAUGCAACCCACCCGGCAACAGGCCGCCUCACGCGCUUCCGGCGAGCAAGGAACGUCCAUGGCAAGACGGAGUCGAAUUGAAAAAUUCGUCCAAUUGGGAGACGACGGCUAGGCAGCCGGCCGCCGGCCGCUGACAGCGGCCGUCUCGCGUCCCGUGCGCAUCCGGAAGACGACGACGGCGACGCGGUUAAGCAAAAGCUGCUGAGCAUAACGCGUUCCCAUUCUUUUUUUUUAUAAAAAAACGCGUGCGCGGGGCUCUAUAUAAUCUGCAGGGACCAGAUGGUCGAUAAGAUCAAAGUUCUUGCUUGACACACGCAUCAUCCAUCCAUCCAUCCGUCCCGCGACGGUGCAGUGUGCUAGCAGCUGAUCGAUCGAUCGAAUCCAUCCGCCAUGAGCUACCAAGCAGGCUACCCGCCGCCGGGCACCGCCGCGUACCCUCCGCCGGGGCAGCAGGCCUACGGCGCGCCCCCGCCGCAGGCCUACGUCGCGCCGCCGCCGGCGUACCCGCCCACCCAGGACGGCGGGUACCAGCAGCAGCAACAGCAGCCGGAGACCACCAGCCGCGGCGGCGACGGCUUCUGGAAAGGAUGGUGAGCUGAAUUUCUUGCUGAGGUUCAGAGUAUACUAUCUAUGUUGGUUCAGGGGGAUAUGAUGCCUGAGAUGCAUGUGCGCCUCUAAAUUAAAUUUGCUAACUGGUGGAUGUACGUCUCAGCUGCGCCGCCAUCUGCUGCUGCUGCCUCCUCGACAUGUGCUUCUGAGGACGACGAUUGGAUUGGCGGCACCAGCUAGCUGCUCAUCACGAUGAUUAGUUUCUUAAUUUGUGUGGUUGUACGUUUAUUCAGUAGUUCUCGUUUCAUUUCUUGUUAGUAUGAAAUUCUUUUUUUUUAAAAGAAUUUUCUCGUGAUCUUGUGCUUCUCCCACUCCCCCUCGCAUCCUAAUUUGGUGACCACGUCUAAUUAAAAGUCGAGCAAAGAAAUAUUUAAUCUGGCCAAAUCAA